AUGAUUAUACCAGCUGAAUUCGAAAAAUUAAAACACUCAAUAGCAGGCGCUAUUGCAGGAGGUGUAAGUUCAGUGGUUACGUGUCCUCUAGAUGUGGUAAAAACAAGGUUACAAAAUCAAGGAAAAAUCUCUCUCGACCACAGACCAGGUGUACCUUUGUAUCACGGAACUGGAAGUGCAUUAAAAAGAAUAUGGCUGGAAGAAGGCAUUCAAGGAUUAUAUCGCGGUCUUGGCCCCACAAUGUAUGGAUAUUUACCAACUUGGGCAAUUUAUUUUUCUGCAUAUGAUUAUUUUAAACUAGCUUUAUCAGAGAAUGCAGAUAAACGACUAGAUGACAAUCAAUGGGUCGUACAUAUACUGGCUGCUAUGGGCGCAGGGGCUACAAGUACCGUGGCCACUAAUCCAUUAUGGGUGAUUAAAACAAGAUUUAUGACACAAAAUCAUAUGACAUCAUACAGAUACAAAAACACAAUUCAUGCAUUUGCUACAAUUUAUGCUCAUGAAGGCAUCAAAGGAUUUUACAAAGGUCUUGGUCCUUCUUUAAUGGGUGUUAAAUCGCCUGAUCAAGAACAUUUAUCCAAUCUAUCAAUCUUAUCCGCUUCAUCAGCCUCAAAAAUGGCUGCAUCAUUAGCCACUUAUCCACAUGAGGUGGUUCGUACCAGACUACAAAAUCAAACUGUCAAGCCAUUCAAAUACAAAGGUGUUUGGAAUGCAAUUAAAUUGAUUAACCAAGAGGAAGGUUUGAUGGCUUUCUAUAAAGGGAUGUCAACAAAUUUGCUUAGAACCGUUCCUUCUAGUGCUUUGACUAUAUUAAUCUACGAAAUAUUAAUAAGGAAACUUAAUUCAACUUCACCAUCUUCUUCUGAUAAAUAA